AUGGUGUCCCUUGCUGAGCUCAGUGGACAACUUGGCCAAUUUAUUGGCAAUUCUGACGCUGUUGCUGACGCCAUUCAAAAUGGUAUUGACACUAUUAUUGACAGUGAUGAUGACUUCAAAAGCCUUAAAAACUCUUCGUCUUCGACUGUGCAUCCUCCCGCUGCCGUGCCUGCUGUGUCCAUAGAUACUAAUAUGCUUGAUGAGAAAAUUCAGCAUUAUGAGAAAGAAAUUGAGCGUCUUAAACCUAAUAAAAAUAACCAGAAUCCUCCCCUCUCCUCUGAAGAGUCUCGCCUUUUAUCCUCUCAUCAGUCCAAGUUGGAUGCUCUUCAGAGGCUGAGUAAGCUUAAUGAGUCUUUGAGUUCACUUAAUAAACAACAAAGUGAUAACUGUAAAAACCUUUUAACAAAUUUGUGUUCUGGCUUGGAGAAGUUCCUUGGUUACCAAGAAACUUCCAAAGGCUACGAUGGCUCCGGCAUCGUGUACUCGGACCUUGACAGGCUCUGCGACGGGAUGAUGGCUUUCCUUCAUGGAGUUCUCCAAAGUGUGAAGGAUGAUGAGAGCGUUACGAAAUAUGACAUUACGCCGGAUAAAAUGAUUUCUUCACUUCCUUCUAAAAUCGGUGAGUUUAUGCAUAAUGGUUCUAAUGGUUUGCAGAAUGCCAUCACACAAGUCUCCGAGGCGCUGCGGGCGUGGAGCGGUGAGCUCGAAGAGCGAACCGAAAGAGUUUCUAAGCACUUAGAUACACUUAGUAAAAACAUAGAUUCUAAUAUUAGUAGUGUUCGUGCAUUGCAUGAUUUUGAUGUUGCGGCGAGGCAGUGGUAUACGACGGUGACUGACGGAUUGGGUGAUAAGGUAAGCGACGUGAACAAUGCAAUUGCCGUGUUAGACUCCGAGCUUAAGAUUAAAUUGGCGAGUGAUUUCGACAAGAUUCAGCUGCGGAUUGAUGACUUUGCAGGGAGUGCCAUGCGAGAGCAGACGGAGAUGAGGGAGCUGGGUGAGAGUGUUCAAGUUGAGUUCAAGGAUCUUCAGCAGAGAGUGAUAAAGGAGGCUGAAAGGCUGAGAGACGCAUGCAUCAGUGUUCUGAAAAAUGAGUUUGAUGCUAAUAUUAAGGUGCCGAUCGAGCAUGUUGUGAAUUCGUUGGGUCAGGUAAAAACAAAUUUAGAUAGUUGGUCCAUUCAGGCGAAAGCAUCCGUAAAUGCAGCGUUAGAAACAGUUGGAAAAAUUAUGAGCAAGUUAAAUGGCAGCAGAAAUGGAAGGAACGGUGAAAUGAACGACGAGACAAAACAUAUCACUGACGCAGCCUGGGAACUUGCAAACAAAGCCACAUUACUGCUUGAUGCUAUAGAUGUCGCCAGGGAGACAUUGGGUAAUAAGGUCUCUACGGCGGAGGACGCUAUCAUCCUGUUGGACAAGGCAGUUAAGAUGGAUUUGUACUAUGUUAAGGGACAGAUUCAGAUGGGAAUUAGGCAGUAUGUUAUGGGCAUUGUGAAAGACAUUGAAACGAAGGUUAAGAAGAUUAGCGGUACGGAGGGAGACGAUGGCGGUCUGAAAAAAACUGUGGAUCAAGUGAAGGCGUGGGCUCUGGAUUUCAAGACGCCAAAAGGGUUUGAGGAAAGAGUGAAGGAAUGGAUUGGAGAUAUUUUGGAUUCGGAUGACAUAGUCGAAGGGAAACUUGAGACGUAUGUUAAUAAUAAUAAUAAGUUAGCCGUAGACUAUCAGAAUGCUACGGUUGGCAGCGAACAGUACUUACGACUCACCAACGUAAUCGAACAGCAGAUUGUUGAGAAGCUUAAGGAAGGCAAUGAUAGUAUUAUUCAGCAAGCCAGUCAAAUGGUGCAAAUUGAAGAAGGCGACACCACCGGCUUCGAAGAAUAUGUCACCGCUGUGGCGUCCGGUUGCUUGAUGUUUUCUACGAAACUCGGGAACAAAAUAACAAAGGAGGGUCAAUUUGGAUCGUUUGCUGAUAGUAUAGCAGGUAUGAUUGAGAAGGUUGUAGUGCCAGGAGGUACAUCUGGAAAGAAAAACAAUUUAAAACUCGCCGUACACUCUAUCCUUCUCCAACUGCUUGGUGCGGCCAACCAGACUGCGGAGUAUCUUAAGUGGCUCACCGGCACCGACCCAAAACAAGGCAACAUGACGAACGUUGAAGCCGCCCUAAAGAUAACCAAGCUGCUUGAGAGUGAACUUAACAAGGCACUCAAUACAGUCCUCGAUCCCCAUGCCAUAUCCCCUCCCGGUCCGCCGUACAAAGCGUCGGAUAAUAUUGAUCGUAGGAUUACUGAGAUACUUGACGGGCAGUUGCCUAAUGCUGCCCAGACCGUUCAAGGCACAAGCGAAGUCGAGCUUAAAGCCGAAAACUUUCCAUAUUACCUUGGAGGCACUAGAGGACCAGGAAAGAAAGAAAAUCUUGAGACUGCGAUCAAAGCAAUUAAGGCAGAGGUGGAAAAUAAUCUAAACAACAUUAACUAUCCAGAGAAAGGUGGACACAUGAUAACUUCCGAUACAAUCUCCAUGGCCUUCGAUGCCGUCAAAGAGAGAUUGGAAAACUUUAUCAACGUAGUUAAGGAUCGUCUCGAUAAGAGUCCUACCGACCGAAAAAACACUGUGAAGAAUUACUUGACUGAUAUCCAGAAGAUCCUUGAGAAUCAGAUAACCGUUACCCUCGAGGCCGAGUAUUCAACUAGUAAGGCUGUCAUCCCCAAAGGUCUGGAUGGAAUCAGACAUGACAUUGUUAACAUACUUGAAAAAACACCGACCAAUAACUUGCAAAACGUACUCGCUGAGGCACAGAAAUUCCACGGCACUACCACACGAACGACAGUCAUGGACUGUAUCACGGGAAUAAACGCAUUCCUCUCCCAACAGGUCACCGAAAAAACCGCCGCCAUCAAAAGAGACGCUUUGAAUAGAUAUGUUGAGAGUGCCAAGCAGCAGUUGGAAGCCUUGAAAACGGAGAUUGGAGAACGCAGAAAGAGCAUUGAAGGCAUUAUUUUCAAUGACAGAAGUGCCGGCAUUAAGGGCUUAUUAGAUAAAUUAGACAAGCAAUUUGUCACUGAAGUGACGACGAUAAAUCCCAAGUCACCGCAAAUCACUUUGAAGAAUGCCGCAGAAAAUGUCAAUUCCGGCUUCAAGAAAUUGUUAGAAUCAACAGCGAAACAGGAUGGAAUAUUUUUCGCGUCCGUAUAUAUCAAGGAGCUUUCUCACCACCUAGGCACUUUGCUUGGCCCACUUACCCACUUCGAUCAUGUGUUUGUAGCAAACUUGAAUCGGCUUGACAAGGAGGUAAAGGGUAUCCUACGAGCGCGGUACACUAAGGACGCCGAAAGGAUUACGUAUGCUAUCGGCACGUCUUUAGGUGCAUUUGUCAAGCAACUUAACUGUGCCUAUGUCAACACAUACUCAGGUUACACGCUCACUGAUGCCGACGAGAAACACGCCAAAGUGUGCUUGACAUCACUCUCCAUUCUACGCCACGAACUAGUUGAUUUGAGAAAAGCGUGCGGAGGAUUAUGGCGCAAGGAACAAAUUAAUUGCUCUACCGAUCUGGGCCUUUUCCUCAAGUCACGUGGUUACGGAGUUGCCACGAAGGUGGACUCUCAAGACGGUGAACUGCGAAAUUGUACUGAUAUGCGUGGGUUGGACGUUCGUGCAAAAGUUGGCAAGGAAAUCGACAGAGUAAACAGCGGGCAUAUUCUCACGUGUAAGCCGGAAGACAAAAAUCACAUUAACAUUAUGGUCUUACUUGCAUGUCUCUGCGACCAUCUCGGACAAUACUAUAACUCUUGCCAUUACAUAAUGCACCCUAAACCAGCGCCGCCAUGCAACGUGUAUCAGAUGCUUGAUGGACUUCAGCAUCACGUUAAAACAUUGUUCGACAAACCUAAAGACCGUAAGAAUGAUGAUUACUCCACAUUCCAUCCACACGAACUUAAACUAGAUGCCACUGUUGAGUUGUCGGCUGAGACCGUAACCUCCGAAUUAGAUGUUGUAUGCCGCCAUGCUGAAGUUGUGUUGAUCGCAAUCCAGGGACAUGGCCACGCUGAAGGACGUUAUGCUUGUGACUUCUGCACCAACGUAGACAAAUUGCAUUACCCCUCUAGCCCUGCUGCGUGUUUGGAAUUACUCAGUGAUAUAUUGUGUAGAAUAUACCACCAACUUUACUACGUCUUAAUUCAGUGUGAACGUACUACGGCUGCAUACGCAUGGAAUGAGUGUUUGUAUGGCAAGGGAGUUGGAGGAUCCAACUGGAUCUGCAAUGAGCUCCAAUGCCCUGAGCAAACGUGCAACCUAAGCUGUGACCAAACAUGUAAGCAAACGUGUGACCAAAAGCACAACCAACAGUGUCCCCAAAAGCAUGACCAACAAGUCAGUUGUGGCUUCAAAUCGCCUCUCCAAUCAUAUCUCGAGGACGGCUUGCCAGGCUUUCUUCCGCAUCAGUUCAAAACACCAGGUUGUAAGUUAACCUGCAAUAUGUCUAACCACAGAGGCCUUCCAUGUAAGACGCCUAUGGGCUUUGGCGAACUCAGCGUGACGGCGUCACAUACAAAAACAGGUGCGCAUCUAAAGCGUGUACUUGGUAAAUUCUGUGGCCAACCGGAGAGCCCACUUAGUAAAAUGUGCAGCCUUUUAAUAUGCCUGUCACCACGUCCUCCACAAUCACUUGACGACAUGUUCGCGUUCUACUACAACUUUAUCGUCGGUUGGGGUAUUACCGGCAGGGACCACAAAAGCCAUGCCUUUAGCGAAGCUGUCAACAAGGCAUACUUCGGAGAGAAUUAUGUCGAUUUGCACAUUAAUUCCAUAUUCACCAGCGAUAAAUCAAAUAAGCAUUCCAACGGCGAUUUGAUGUGCCUCGUUGGUUGCGUAAACAACGGGUUGUCAACAGUCACCUGCGGCCGAUACCUACAUCCUUUUAGCCAGAACACAUGGGCGGUCUAUUCCAGUAAACACGCUGGAUUGUAUCUCUCAUGGAUUGUUUAUCUCACGGAAACAUUCUAUGACUUCCUCAAAAUGUUGUAUGACGAGUGUUGCAAAAACUGUAACACUCCAGGGUCACGGUGUCAUGAAUCAUGCCCUGUAACCUGUCCAACCUUGGAUAAGUCUCCAAGGGCUCAUGACGCCAAACAUGAUCCUGUCUGCAAAUCUAUUGCCAAAUGUCCUCUCACUCGUCCGACACUAUGCAAAUACGGUUUUGUCCUAAAGAGCUCAUCUAACCUGAACGGCGCCAUUGUACCGGAAAGCAAACGUACAUGUAAGGACCUAUGUAAUGCCUUAGAGAGAGUGGUGAAAGAAGGCAAUCUGCUCUAUAUGUUGGUACACAAAAUCAUACCAGAUUUCAUCUGGGCCAUUCGCACACCCUUCACAUACUUAUUGCUCGCUCUCUGGUCCCUCUCUUUGCUCUACCUGCUGCACAUCGCCGUCGUCCGCCUCGACGUCCUGAGGAUACGCUCCCACCUGCGCUCGCCCUCAAGCCACCGCAUCGCCGCCCAGUCGCUCCUCGCCGCCGCACGCGUCAAGGCACUCGCCAACGUCAAGUACUUCUCACCAUAA